CUAAAAUCCCCUGAGCUUUGCAGCCCCGAGCCCACCUUGGUAGCAAAAGGAGAUGGAGAAACAACUGCCCUGUGGCUGUGUUGAGGGGUUGUGGAGGCAGGGGAAAGGAUCCUGUGCAGUUCGUGCACUGUGGGUCAGUGCCAAACCACCUGUGGGGAUCACUGUGCCAGACGCUGGGGGACAGGAUGGGGUGGGAUGGGGUGAUACUGGAGGGCUGGUGUGUGAUCAUCUCCUGCCAGCUGCUGCUGGUCUCUCUUAGGGAACAUGAGGUUCGGUGGGCUGGAGAUGCGGGUGGACUGGCUGAACCCCAAUAUGAAGCAGAAACUGCAGUCAUGUGAGAAGAAGCCAUCAUCCAGCCGGGUACAAGGGAGCAAGUGCCUGGGGGUCCCCAAGCAGGUGCCCCAGUCUCCAGUGCUGCGCAACGUGCUGGACUGCCUGAACACCCUGUGCCAGAGGCAGUACCUGGGGACCCCACUGUUCCUCACCAAGUGUGUCCAGGCAAACGCCAACGGGUGGCUGUGGUUCUGGUGCUGGGUGGUAAUCCCAGGGUGCCCUGUGCCCUUCAGUGGGUUCGCAUGGGUCCGGCAAGAUGGGACAGGCAGGAGCGGGCAUGAGGAGGCGAAGAUUGCACUGGCGCUGCAGGUUCUCCGGAUGCUAGGUGAGUCCUCGCACAGCAUCGGUGCCAACCCCCUGCCUUUCCCAAAGUCUUGGAGCAUUUCCUGGGAGUGUGGAGCUGUAGUGUUUCUGGUGCAUGGGGGGACCCAGCCUGGCAGGCAGGGCUGAAAGAGUCACUGCCAGCCCCGCCAGAUGUGACCCCGGUGGCUCUGAGCUCUGGGUGGGAUUCCUGGUUGGAAGCAGAGGACACAAGGGGAGGGCUUUUUGGGGUGCUGCUCCCUGCGGCACUGCACAGAGCCUCAGGCUUUCCUCCCCACUGCAGGAUGCCAGCUGACGUAGGCAGCCGUUCUGCCCAAACCAUGAGUUGACCCUGAGUGGCCAGCCUCGGUGCCGCUGGCCGAAGGAGCAGCAUGUGAGCCUUGCUGGGGACCUGUU